AUGGGAAUAUCAAGAAACAGAUGGAUGAAUUUUCCUCUGGCAACGCAAAGCCACAUGCAGCAGAUUGGCCAGCCACGCAUCAGAGACGACAAUACUACCAUACAAGAAUCGGAUAAACGCAACGGAUCAGGACAAGACGGCAACAUUAGCUUCCCACUCCCCGAUGCAUACCCUACCCGACGACAUCGCGCUGCUCAAAGGAUAUCACCACCACCCCUCAAACGACAGCGCACGGACAACGAUGUUCCCACGGCAAACGUCGUUGCUCCGCGCCCAACAGAAUUGCCAGCAAGGCCAUGUUUAACCCAGGACGUGGUCAGACGUAGCCUCGAUGGCUUGCCUACUUUCCAGCAGCACGAGCUGAACAGGCAGCAGGACAGAAAAGGUCUAUGGAAGUAUCCACAUUCUUUACCAAAUCCACCGACCACGCAUGGCAGUGGAAAAGACAGCGUCAUAGGCAAAGCGAGGAAUAGCGACGCAGUGGUUCCACGUCAUUCGGCUGUUCCGCGAGUGACCGUCAAACGUGCGUGUCCUGUCUGCAAAGGAAGCUCCGCCACCAACUACAACCAAAUCUUCAUUUGUCAAGGAUGCGCGAGUCCAUAUCACGACAGUUGUCGAAAACCUCCCUUAGGUGACUUAGUAGAGCCGCAGCACUGGCGAUGCUCCAACUGCUUAUCUUCAAAUCGCGCGCGAAUAUCGACCGCUCCUAGUGCGCAGAGGGACUCCAAUAUCCGUCAUGGAGACCCUUCGGCAGCAACAUCAAAUACAUACUCAAAACUGAGUACAUGUUCGAACCUUGAUGACGAUCAGACUUUAGUGUCGCUGAGCUCAGACGCAGAGCCGUCUCCCAAAUGGGUCAACAGCUUUGCAUUACCUGAUCGCAGCUCCCAGCCUCUUUUAGUGCAGCCUGGUCAGCAAACUGAGGCAACGUCAUCAGUUGGAGACAGUCGCUUCGCCUGCAACACCGCCGAGCAUGGCAACGCAAGUAAUCACGACAACAUGAGCAUAUGGAACAUUCUGCGUGGCCCCAACGAAGCCAGGUCGUCAAACUCUAUCAAUCGCAGGGACAACUCGGAUUACAGAACAAUUCCUUUUACAUCGCUUCACGCAAGCGACUAUGACUUUGAGCAAAUUCUCAAUACACCCACGCAACAUUCGCGCGCAUCCGAGGUUCCUGACCAACCUUUUGAUGCACGGCUCGGCAAUGAACGCGAGGCACAGAGCAAUGACGACAAAUUAACAGCUAGGGAUCGGCCUCAUCAGCCAGCGGCCGGUAUCACUGCAAUGCGGAUAGUACUAUGUGUUUCCUGUCGAACAAAACGAGUAUUCGCAACAUGCGAGGAUGAAAACAUUCAUUGCCAUACUUGUCGAAACAGAUCACUUAUUGCGGAGUCUGGCAAACUUGAGACACCAGACACUUAUCAUGCUGCUUCACACAAUGAAGCGUGUGCAACGCAAAGCCCUAAAGAUGGAUUGAGCAGCACGUCCCCCGCUGUGUUUACAUCAAACCCAGUAAAGCCAUGGUUCCAUUCGAACUUGAUCAAUACAAAGCUGAAGAUCAAGCGAAAGAAAAUUGAUCAUGAUGUGAUCUUGAGCAUGGAAAAUGCACGAUGGGAGCCGUCGUUGGGAAGAUACGAAAGCAAUGACAAUUUCCAGGCUAAUAUCUCAGGAGAGAUACUUGUUCGCAAACAACCAUCUGUGGAAGGGCCGGUACCCAUGCUCGACACAUGUGUGCGAGUUUCCAAAGCCCACGUAAUGGAGAAAAUGGAAGAUCCUGUUCCAACGGAAGCGCACUUGAAACAACCGAAGAACGACAGCAACUCACCGCCUCCGAUCGUCAUGGUCAGAAGCUGUCGAACAAAUGACAACGACCUAAGCCUUGAGUCUACCAAUGCUACAGACGAGGAAGUGCAUGACGCCGGUGAUGAAGAUUUGCAGUUAAAGUUGACCGGGACAGAGUCUACUAUGGCUUUGCAUGCUGGAUCCGUCUCAUCGGACACCUGGGCAUGCUCUGAACAGGUUGUAAAACAUCCGCGUUUAAAGUAUGUUAAAUUGCGGCACACUGCGCGCGAACUGGCAAUUAUAGCACUUUCAGCCGCAGAUGACUCAGGCCUUACAGCAGUAGAAGUGAUCAACUGGAUAGCGAAAGCAUUCCCCCUUCUGCGAAAAGGUCGAGCAUCUUGGGAGACUCGAGUCGAAACCAAGCUUUCGGCUUUGCCAGAGCUCUUUCGUAGUGAGAUAUCAGGCACUAGAGACAAUACGAAGAGAUACUCCUUCGUUGACGCAUCGAUGCGGAAGCGGUACAGAGCUUUGUAUGCAAAGUAUUGGAAUGUCAUCACCACGCCUGUCAGCGAAGCAGGCGAAUCCUCUAGAACGUACGUUAAGUCGCCUUCAGCCUUGAAUCGCAAAGGACAGGCCCAAUCUAUUCGAGUGAGAAAGACCGCCUCAUCAAGAGACGAUGAUCCGCCCGUCAAGCCGUCACUAUCAUGUGAAACUCUCUCCGCGACAAAAGCCACGCCAGUAAUGCCAUCCGAAGACCUGAUCGCGCCCUUCAUGCCAUUCGAACGUGCCGUCAAACGUAAACCGCAAGUAGACUUGUCCAUUCUCCGUGACUCCAAACGCGAGACAAGUUACAAGGCCUUUCUCCAAGCGCAACCCUCGUCUAUCGAGUUCAUGACCGAGGAAGAAAAAGCUAAGAAGAUUGCGCAAAUCAAGGCUCGACCUUCGAGAAAGCAGUUCUUUGGGUCCGACUACCGACUCGGACACGUGCGACGCUAUGGACGACAGGACAUUCACGACGAGAGCGAUGGAGCGUGGAUUCCGCCAUUACGGAACAUGCACACCGGUGAUGUCAAGGGCAAUGGGAAGACAACGAGGACGUUCGAAGGUCCGACACUGCGCGAGGUUUUUGACCUACCUGAACAUGCGAUUCCUAUGAAUGAUGGACAGACGGAGCUGGCGUUUCGGGAUAGUACCAAGAUUAAUGGGAGACUACCGCGGUCUAGGCAGAUUUACAAGGUUGGCAAGAUGUUUGGCGGGGAACUUACUGUUAGGGCGUCCUAG